AUGGCCAUCGGUUGGCCGGCGUCGGAUGGGUGCACCUUGCGGCCUUUCCUGUUAAGACGUUCGAAGACCGGCGACCCGACGUCGGGUGCCCCUAACACCAUAGGAAUGGCCGAUGUCGGUGGGCCCCAUACUCAUCGGGCAGUCGAGGUCGGCCGGCCUCCCGCUCCGCCUCUUCAACCUCAGGGCGAAUUCAUUCGGUACCCAACAUCGGAUAUCUCCAUGAGCAUCGGGUGGCCGCGGUCGGGCUGCACGAUAUGCAUCGGACACGCCGAUGUCGGGCAGCCACACCAUCCGCCUUUCCAAUGUCGGCUGUCCCCUCCUGCGUCGGAUGGGUCGGCUGGCAGGGGGUCCCUCGGUUGGGUAAUGUCGGCGGUCUGCAUGACCAUAGGCCAGCCGAGACCGCAGGCCCCUGGGCUCACGCAGGGGCGCUCCGCUGCUCCCGCGAGCCUCCGUCCGUACCUGCUGACUCCGAAGCGCCCGCCCGACGCGUACUCCCUCCCGUCUGCCUUUCGAUUUAGCGUUCUCAUUGGCCAGCUCCUUGCGCAACACGCUAUUGCUGCACCGGCAGAGUGGUCGCUUAACGCGCCUUACAUAUACUCGCCCGUCCUCCGCACCUCCAUCUCUUCCCCCACCCUUGAAGCCAUCAUGUCUUCCCCGCCCUCACGUUUCAAUCGCUCCGACUCCCCAGCUGGCUUGAGUGACCCCGGUCGCGGCACUGCGCGCGGUCCAGCGGCUUUCCUCGCGGCCCCGACGGCCUUUGCUGCGCUUCCCCCGCCUUCAGAUCCCGUCGCGGGGGAUGGUUUUGCGGCCACCGCCUUUGGCGGCAACGCUGGUUCAGCAAUUGCUGCGGAGCCUGGUUUGCCGGCGCGCGACGCGCCUGAGCAAGAUCUGGGAUGCGUCGCCUCCUCCGGUUCCCCCGCCCUGUACGGGGCACAAGACUUCCACCAGCAGUGGACCUGGCCGGCAUACCUGCGUCCGGACUACAACCGACCCUGGACCCGUGCCACGGUGUCGUUACGUGACCUCCUCCGCACCAUGAUAGAGCUGGUCCGCGACAUGCAGCCGCACUACCACGGCGACUCGCGCGGGGUGCCCGACCCGACGAACUCAAUACGAAGGCAUGCAACAGAUGCAAUCCGCGUGGGCCCCAUGGUCCACGUGUACAAAAUUCUCUGGCGGGAGAGGGGCCCUCCGCUCGUGUGGUCGAUGGUCGUCGUGGCGGCGCACCCGGAGCAGGAGGUGGUGCUUUAUCGAAUCGUGCACCACCUAUGGUCAACAAGCGGCAUGACGCACGCACCGGGAGCGUACGCGCCACCAGCGUGA